GAGCGGCGCAGCCACCGCCGCACGCGCCAACUUGGGCUCGCGCUUCCCGGCCCGGCGCGGAGCCCGGGGCACCCGGAGCCCAGCCAUGUCGCGAUCCAACCGGCAGAAGGAGUACAAAUGCGGGGACCUGGUGUUCGCCAAGAUGAAAGGCUACCCACACUGGCCGGCCCGGAUUGACGAGAUGCCCGAGGCUGCGGUGAAAUCAACAGCCAACAAAUACCAAGUCUUUUUUUUCGGGACCCAUGAGACGGCAUUCCUGGGCCCCAAAGACCUCUUCCCUUACGAGGAGUCCAAGGAGAAGUUUGGCAAGCCCAACAAGAGGAAAGGGUUCAGCGAGGGGCUGUGGGAGAUCGAGAACAACCCUACUGUCAAGGCUUCUGGCUACCAGUCCUCCCAGAAAAAGAGCUGCGUGGAAGAGCCGGAGCCUGAGCCUGAGCCUGAAGCCGCAGAGGGCGAUGGUGACAAGAAGGGGAACACUGAGGGUAGCAGUGAUGAGGAAGGGAAGCUGGUUAUCGAUGAGCCCACCAAGGAGAAGAAUGAGAAGGGGGCGCUGAAGAGGAGAGCAGGGGACCUGCUGGAGGACUCCCCGAAACGUACCAAGGAGGCAGAAGACCCUGAAGGGGAAGAGAAGGAGGUGGCCAUUUUGGAGGGUGAGCGGCCCUUCCCUGUGGAGGUGGAGAAGAACAGUACCCCCUCUGAGCCCAGCUCUGGCAGGGGGCCUCCUCCAGAGGAAGAGGAGGAAGAGGCUGCCAAGGAAGAUGCUGAGGUCCCAGGCAUCAGAGAUCAUGAGAGCCUGUAGCCACCAAUGUUUCAAGAGGAGCCCCUGCCCCGUUCCUGCUGCUGUCUGGGUGCUACUGGGGAAACUGGCCAUGGCCUGCAAACUGGGAACCCCUUCUCCACCCCAACCUGUUCUCUUCCACUCACUCUCCCUUCCCAAGUCCAGCCCCUGGAGAUUGACCUGGAUGUGGCAAGCAGCUACCUGGCCCUUACCUCCAUGUCACCUCCAUGUUUCCGCAUCCCUGGGAUCUGAGUCAGGGCUAUGUCUUCUGCUCCAUGGGAUGAGAUGAAGCCAUUGUGUCCUUCCCUGCCUGGAGCUGUGUCACAGGGUUUCUGGACCAGCUGUUUCCACCUCCUGACACCCUUUUGCCUCUUCCCCAGGCAUUCUGGAUCUCUGGGUUGGUUGGGAUCAGAGUUAGGAGUAGAAAGAAUGGAGAAUAAAUAGCAAGGGUGGGCUUCUGGGGCCUGAGAGGGACAAUCCUCAAAUUGGGGUGGGGAGGCAGGCAGAAGGAUGGCAUCUUCUUUAGCUCCUGUCCCUUCCUCCCACAUCUCCUGUCCCCGCUGCCUAUAUUCAGGAAAAGUGGGACAGCUUGUGAGGGAUGUACUUCCUUCCAUAAAUCCUUGAUGAGUGGUUAACACCCAUUCUUCCCUUUGCUGACCCCAAAAGUUCUAGGAGUUGUAGGUAUUCAUCAAAAGAUUUUGGGGUUUCCCAGUUAUUUGGUCCAAGGACCUGGGAUCUGAAUGGUUGAUUUCACCCAGCUUGGGUGGAAAUGUUGAGGAGUAGCUGUCCCCCUUUAGAUCUUGGGCCAGAGAUGUAAUACCUUGGGGAGAUCCCUAGCUGCCCUUUCCCUCUCCCCACAGUGCUCAAGGCCAGCCUGCAGUCACAUGUCACUCAGACAUAAAGGAGAAGACACAUUUUUUAGGAAAUGUUUUUAAUAAAAGAAAAUUUAAAAAAAAUUUAAAGAUCCCUAUCCCUUUGUGUGCCCCUCACUUUGCUCCUUUCUUCUCCACUGAUGCCCUCAUUUCUGAGGUGCACUGGGAGGCUCCCCUUCUGUUUGGGCUUGAUGGCUUUUCUUUUGUAGCUGGGGCUUUGGUGUUCCUUCUGGUGUCAUUUCCCAUCUACAUACUCCACCUGGUCUCAGUGUUGUCAUCAGAUCUGAUUUAUAACCCACUGAGAGGAUAGGGAAAUGAAUGCCCUCUCCCAACCUCUUUCUAGUGGUCUCUAUGCCUCUCUUCCAUCUCGUGUCCCUUUCACCCCUGUCCCUCUCCCUAGGGCUCUGAUGAAAAAUUGUUGACUGUAGAAGUUUAGCUCUGAGAACUGUAGACAAUUUCAGUUCUAGGAAAAUAAACCUGUUGAUUACUACAUUGGAUUCUGACUGAUUUAUUUGGGG